UUGUUUUUUUUUGUGUAUAACCUUAAAAUUUGUUUUUAUUUUAUGUUGCCUGAGGAUCCCUAGGGAUUUGGGGGCUACGAUUGUUAAUACAUAUAUUACGUAUUUCAUAAGUGUUAAUGGAAUUUAGACGUGAUAAAUCAAAAAUCCUUGCCAAGAAACGAGACAGUGAAGGGCUAUUUGAAGAUGACUUACUGCCACGCAAAAAUAAUUCCUCUACAAGCACCCCGGUACGGGGCGCUAAUGUGGGAAGUAAAUCUGAGGAAGAGGAAAGUCCUUGUUUUACUGGAUUCACCCAAGAGCUGCUGCGAGAUGAUGUAGAUGUUCUUUGGGAUUACAGUUCACCACAGUCAAGGCGUAAAAAAGUUGUUAGUAGAAAGCCGAAGAAAAAGCUUAAUUUGACUAACCAUCCUACGAAAGUGGAAGCCACAAGUAGACAGAUAAGACGCCAUAAUUCUAAUAAUAUAGACCAAAUUAAACAAGAUUUUUGUGAAUUGAGGCAAGAGUUGAUGGCCUUAAAAGCUGCAAUUGCUAUGCCUGAUCAUGAGGAGAGCCUUAUAUUAUCUCCUAGAGAAGAGGAGGCAUUUAAUAGGACACAGGAAAGUACAUUAUUUGAUGACAUCGAUAUCGGACAUUUUGAAUCACAAGUUUCAGAUAGAGUAAUAAAUGGCAGCAUGCCCCACAUAGAUGAUCUAGAAGAUCCAUUUGAUGAUGGAAUGGACGAUAAAUUGUUUAUGUUUAGUCAGCAAGUGGAAAUACAAUUAGAACAAAACUGUGAUAUUAACAAACCAAGCACCUCAAAUCAGUGCGGAAUCUCCAAAACUGAAACUAGAAGGCUUACAAAUAGCUUUAAGACAAAACAGACUAAUACUUCUGAGGUAUUCAAUGAUUCAUUUGAUCAGGUAUUAUCUCAAAUCGCAGACGACGAUUUGGAUCAGCUAACUCAAGUUGUCGGCAUAGAAGAGUAUAGGCAAAAUUCUAAAUUAUCUCUUAAACCUUGUACAAAUUCCAAAGUUUUUCCUAGGUCCCGAUCGGAAAACAUAGUAGACGUGCAUAUGGUUACUCAGCGUGCCCCGAGUGAACAAAAGCCUGGUGUAUCAUCAAGUAAAAUGCAGUUGCAGAGAACGCAGAGUUUUGAAAGUUAUGGCAUUGCCCCAAUGAAAUGUUCCCCAGAAGAAAUAGAGAAGAAAAGGCGAGAGGCGUUGGCAAAAUUAGAAGCCAAAAGGGUUCAGGAACUAAUAGAAAGAAAGAAGCAGGAAGCGUUGAAGCGAAGAGAGGAAAGUAAGAGGAGACAUGCCCAACAGCAAAAUAAAUCAAUUUUGGCCAGGACGAGAAUGUAGACUUUAUUUUGUAUAUACUUUUUAUGUUUGUAUAUUAAUUAUCUAAUGUUGAUUUUCUAAUUUAGGGGAUAAACAAAAACUGUAAAAAUUGUUUUUUUAUAAAAAAAAUAUUUAUUAAAGUUGAUAA